CUAUUCUCAAGUUCUUCCGCUGCUUGAGCUGUUUGUCCUGGGCUUGGUUUUCCUGUGACCUCCCUGCCCCAGGUAGAAACUGAAGACCAGCUACUAUAGACAAGUACCUCCCCACCUUAGGGCUGUUCUACCCCGAUUGACUCCCCUUUCACCUUCUGCCUGUCUGGGAAAUUAUGAGCAAAGACAGAACGGUAGACAAUUGACAUCCAGAAGCCACAAGGUCUUGUAAAGAUCAGGUCUACACACCACGGACGACACAACGAUGGCUUUAUCUCUGGAAGAAUUUGUCUACUCCCUUGACCUAAGGACCCUCCCCAGGGUCCUAGAAAUCCAGUCAGGCAUCUACUUUGAAGGGUCUGUUUAUGAGAUGUUUGGCAACGAAUGCUGCUUGUCCACAGGAGAAGUGAUUAAAAUCACAGGUCUCAAAAUUAAGAAGAUGAUGGCUGAAAUUUGUGAGGGCGCUAUUGGAGGUUCUGAGUCUCUGAAGCCUUUUGAGCUGCCCAUGAAUUUUCCAGGUCUCUUUAAGGUCAUGGCUGAUAAAACUCCGUACCUGUCAAUCGAGGAAAUCACCAGAACUGUUAAUAUUGGACCCGGCCGACUAGGUCAGCCUUGCUUUUAUCACUUGAAGGAUCUAAAGCUACAGAAUCUCAUUAUUAAGCAGGGUGAGCCAAUCCGGUUCAACUCAGUUGAAGAGAUUAAUGGAGAAAUGCUGAUGAAUUGUGGUGUGGUAAGGAAUCAUCAGAGCCACUCAUUUAUGUUGCCAUUGUCACAAGAAGGAGAAUUUUAUGAGUGUGAGGAUGAACAUAUCUAUACCCUAAAAGAAAUUGUUGAAUGGAAGAUUCCCAAGAACAGAACACGGACAGUGAAACUUACAGAUUUCUCCAAUAAGUGGGACUCAAGCAACCCAUUCCCAGAAGACUUUUAUGGUACACUGAUUCUCAAACCUGUUUAUGAAAUCCAAGGUGUGCUGAAAUUUCAAAAGGACAUAGUCCGGAUUCUCCCAAGUUUAGAUGUUGAAGUCAAAGAUAUUACUGACUCUUAUGAUGCUAACUGGUUUCUUCAGUUGCUGUCUACAGACGAUCUUUUUGAAAUGACCAGCAAAGAGUUUCCUGUAGUCGCUGAAGUCAUCGAAAUAUCUCAAGGGAACCAACUGCCCCAAAGUAUUUUGCAGCGAGAGAAAACCAUUGUCAUCCACAAAAAGUACCAGGCUUCGAGGAUCUUAGCUUCAGAAAUUCGCAGCAAUUUUCCAAAAAGACACUUCUUGAUCCCUAUUAGCUACAAAGGCAAGUUCAAAAGAAGACCACGGGAGUUCCCAACGGCCUAUGACCUGCAGAUAGCUAAGAGCAAGAAAGAAACUCUCCACGUGGUGGCCACCAAAGCUUUCCAUACACUUCACAAGGAGCUGUCCCCUGUGUCUGUUGGAGACCAGUUUCUAGUGCGUCAUUCAGAGACCACAGAAGUUGUCUUUGAGGGAACAAGAAAAGUAAACAUUCUGACCUGUGAAAAACUCCUCAGUAAGACCCAUGAAGAAGCCCGGCUUCCUCUGUAUAUGGAAGGAGGUUUUGUAGAGGUGAUUCAUGAUAAGAAACAGUAUCAGAUUUCUGAGCUCUGUGCACAGUUUUGCUGGCCCUUCAAUGUGAAGGUGGCUGUGAGAGAUCUCUCCAUUAAAGAUGACAUUUUGGCAGCUACCCCAGGACUGCAGUUAGAGGAGGACAUCACAGAUUCUUACCUACUUAUCAGCGACUUUGCAAAUCCUGGGGAGUGUUGGGAAAUUCCCAUGAGCCGCUUGAAUAUGACUGUUCGACUAGUUAAUAGUAGCCAUUUGCCUGCGGAUGCAGGGCUACUUCAAGUUAGGAGUUUUGUAGAAGAGAUCACAGAAGAACAGUAUUACAUGAUGAGGAGGUAUGAAAGUUCUCUAUCACAUCCUCCACCUCGCCCUCCCAAACAUCCCUCGGCUGAGGAAAUGAAGCUAACCUUGCUCAGCUUAGCAGAAGACACAACGGUCAAUCUGCCCAAGUCUCUCAAGGAUAGGACACCUUGUUGUUGCUGAAAACUACAGUGAAGAAACAAGAAGGAUCUCUGUGGUGGUUUGAAUGUACUUGGCCCAGGGAGGUGGACUCUUAGGAGAUAUAGCCUUGUUGAAGUUAGUGUGGCCUUGCUAAAGAAAGUGUGCCACUUUGGAGAUGGGCAAUGAGACCCCCAUUCUAGCUGCCUGGAAGCCAGUCUUCUCUUAGCCACCUUCAUAUGAAGAUGUGGAACCCUCAGCUCCUUCUGCACCAUACCAUGUUCCUUCUUUGAUAAUAAUGAACUGAACCUCUGAACCUGUAAACCUACCCCCAAUGAAAUGUUAUCCUUAU